AGCCACAGUCAAAAACAGCAUAAUGCAACAAUCCCAGAUCCUGAGAAAUCUGUUCCUCUUUGCGGCCCUUAGCUCCAUGGCAGUUGUGGUCCUAGGAGUGUGCGAUAGCUGUCAGACGAACAAUGUGGCCUGCCUGAACCAAACGCACUACAGGUUCUGUGGCGACAACGUGGCUCCCAACCAGGUGGCACAGUGUCCCACUGGACAGGUCUGCACCAGCCUGGCCAUCAUCUGCAUGGACGAGGGUUCGUAUGAUGCCUCCUGCUCGGACACCGCUGCGGAUGGAUCCUGCCCCAGCUGCGAUGGCUCCAGCAUUUUCGUCUGCACCAGCCGCACCACCUUCCAGCAGUGCAACGGCACCAGUCUGCUGAGCCAGGUCACAUACUGCAAGGACAACAAGAUCUGCUCGAUCAACUCUGGCAAAUACUGCGUGGACCUAUGCGAGGCGGGAGAUUCCAUUGAAUGCGACAGGGAAACUCCUCUGGCAUAGUAGGCUUUCACUUGUUCUUAAAAAAAAUUAAUCUUCUAAAUAAAUACUUUUUUAAUUUAAAAUGUAAGAAAA